AUGAAGUAUGUGCUGACCGCCGCGCAGGCAGGCCAUGUCGGAUGGCAUAUUGAGGCUCCUACUAGGGCUGCGGCCGAAGUCAAGGAUGAGGGCGGCGGCGUUGCCGGUUGCCUCGUCGGCGAAGGCAGCGGCGCCCUCGGGACGAUCGCGGGCCACGUGUUCCCCGGCUCCGUCAUCCUCCUACUUGGACUGCAUUGGGCCGCGGGCAUCGGCCGCUGCAUCGCUGUUGGCGCGCCUUAUUCGCGCUCAUGGCACGCGCUGCCGUGGCAGCGGGGGGUGGGGGCCAGGCCGUGGGAGCCGUGGCUGAAGGUAUUCUUCACGUUCUUCAUGGGCAUCCUCAUGGAGCUCUACUACAAGGACCCAUGGAAAUACGGCCUCGACUGGUGGUGGCGGCCGCUGAUAUCCGAAGACGGCGCGCACUUCACGUUCGUCGACUCGUGGCACCACGCGUGCAUGCACCUCGCGUUCCUCGCGUGCGGGCUGCUAGAGCUGGGCGGCUUCUACCUCGCCGCUAAGGGCUACGCCUCGCCGCUGCAGUGCAGCCUCGAGCUGGCCAUGCUCGCGCUCGCUUUCGCAUUGGAGACCAUAAUGGGCGUGCUUCACGCCCUCGGGGGCGAAGGCCUGCCCGCGGAGAUUCACAAGAUGCAGACGCUCUUCUUCACGGUUGCCGCCGCCGCUGCCAUCUCGGAGGCGUCUCACGGCGGCCACGCGCGCAUCGCGCCAUUCGUACGCGUGACCGCGACGGUCGCAGCAGGCGUGUGGAUGUGUUUCAACGCUCUUGUCUACGCCUGGCAGUCGAACGGGAACUCGGCGUGGGCGCGAGACCCAAUGGCGGCGCACCCCGACCUGGAGGUAGCUUCGAUAGACGGCGAUAUCUACUGA